UUACCAAUUGCUGCGAUUGACGAGAUAGUCGGUCGGUCGGCCAUACCGACGUCGCUCGCCCCGCGUUCGUUUAUUAUUCGCCACUCGCUAGUCGGUCGCAACGACCGCGACAUCAAUCGGCGCGUUAUGACCCUGUGACGAGAUAGCAUGAGUAAAGCCGAUACCUCGGCGGAAGCCGCCUUGUCGAGCGUGGCCGUCCACGUUGAUCAAUACAAUGAGCCGGACGAGGAGAACUCCAAGCUGCUCGAGCCGCAGUCGCUGACACCGACCGUGACGCCAUCUGGACAAAUACGUAAAGUUAAGAGCUUCACUGAUACACACAAAAUCCGCGAUGUGAGUGCCGCUUCUGGUGCGGCGUCCGCGCGCUGCCUGCGUCCCUACGAACAAGUGACUCCGUACCCUGAAGGUUCUGAAAGUGGGACCAAUCAAUAUGGAGCACCUUCCGUACGAUCGCUCGCGUCCAUCGGCAUGGGCUGCACAGACGGACGUAAAAUGGUCAUCAGAAGAGUGCCAACGUCCCCCACGGAGUUGUUCCAUUUAGUACGUCCUCCUACACCCCCCGACGAAGAUACGGCAUCGCACGAGAGUGACUGUGACGAGGAGGAAGAGGACGAUGAGACGGUGCACCUGAAGCCGCGCCGACCCUUCUGGGCCAACAAGAUACAGUUCGUGCUGGCCUGCGUCGGGUACUCCGUCGGCCUCGGAAACGUAUGGCGCUUCCCAUAUCUUUGCUACAAAAGUGGUGGUGGUGCUUUCCUGAUACCUUACUUCAUAAUACUAUUAGUAUGCGGAGUGCCCAUGCUCUUCAUGGAACUAGCUGUGGGUCAGUACACGGCGCACGGACCCAUCGGCGCAUUGGCACAAAUAUGUCCACUGUUUAAAGGUGCCGGACUGGCUAGCGUGGUGAUCUCCUUUCUAAUGUCCACGUACUACGCGGUAAUAAUAGCAUGGGCCAUCUACUAUUUCUUCACGUCGUUCAAAUCUGAAGUUCCGUGGGCGAGCUGUUCCAACCGAUGGAACACAGCGCAAUGUUGGGUGCCCUUUCACAACCAUACCAAACCCAACGGAUCUCAAACACCUACCGAGCAGUUCUUCGAAAAAAAAGUGUUAAACAUAAGCGACGGCAUUGAAUUUCCCGGUGGAUUGCGAUGGGAAUUGGCGGCGUGUUUAGUUUGCGCGUGGGUUCUGGUGUACUUCGCACUUUGGAAAAGUAUCAAAUCAUCUGCGAAAGUACGUUACAUAACCACGACGCUGCCGUUCCUUUUGAUCAUCGUGUUCCUCGGACGAUCAUUAACAUUGGACGGAGCGGACAAAGGGCUAAGGUUCUUCUUCAAGCCAAACUGGGAACUUCUCAAGCAGUCCAGGCCCUGGGUGAAUGCAGCUUCGCAGAUUUUCAAUUCAAUUGGCAUCGCCUUUGGCUCUAUGAUUAUGUUCGCAUCCUACAAUCGCUUCGACAACAACUUCUUGCACGAUACUGUGGCCGUGUCGCUGGUAAACGCAGUGACAAGUCUUAUUGUGGGUAUAUUCACGUUCGCCACCAUUGGAAAUAUUGCAUUCGAACAGAACACCAGCGUAAAAGACGUCAUUGCUGAUAGCCCUGGUUUAUUAUUCGUCGUGUAUCCACAAGCUAUAGCUAAAAUGCCAGCAUCUCAAUUAUGGGCCGUAUUAUUUUUCUUCAUGUUCCUGUGUCUAGGUCUCAACAGUCAGUUCGCAAUAGUGGAAGUGGUGGUGACGUCGAUACAAGAUGGUUUCCCCGAUAUGAUACGAAAGAGACUGGUGUACCACGAACUACUAGUUCUAUGCGUAUGCAUGGUCUCCUUAGUAUUCGGUAUACCGCACAUAAUACGGAGCGGUAUAUACGUAUUUCAACUGAUGGAUUACUACGCAGCAUCGCUCAGUAUAACAUAUCUGGCUUUCUUCGAAGUGGUCGCCAUUGCGUGGUUCUACGGUGUGGGUAGACUUUCGAGGAACAUUAAACAGAUGACAGGUCGAUGUCCAUCGCUGUACUUCCGCUUCUGCUGGCUGGUGGCAUCGCCGGCACUGCUGCUGGCGCUGUGGGUCGCCAGCCUGGUGGACUACACGCCGCCCAGCUACCGCCAGUACCCGUACCCUGCGUGGGCGCAAGUCCUCGGCUGGACCAUAGCCUCGCUUUCUUUGCUCUGCAUCCCGGUCUACGCUGUCGUCGUCAUCGUCAGGUCGCCCGGCAACACUUUAAGAGAGAAAUUUCGCAACUCAAUACGACCGACAUUUAUAUGCGAUUGCGGCAUCAACGGGUGUGACAUUUGCUGCUCGGAGUCAGAGCCGCCUGACGACAAGACAACAAUCAACUAGUCCAUUAUUUACACAAUUUAUUUUUAGUGUUUAGCUAUAAUAACAUACUCGCUAUAUCUAACUACUGAGAGAGUACUCACCUUCCCACUCAGUGAUAUCAAUAGCAAACAAGACAAAAAGAUAAUAAGACGAGACAUUCUUCUAUCAUAGUUAUCAUUAAUUUACAAACAAACGUACUCGACCUAAAAUUUAUGUUCUUGUAAUAGUAACAUAGUUUUCUAUACUCGAAUUCAAUGGGUUAUAGAUAUUAUUUGAAGUACAAACAGAUCUGUUGAUCACGUGGGGGAACAUUCUAGUUAUGUAAUAAUGUAAUGAUGAACUUGAAGGUUGAAAAAUAGAAUGUGAACAAUAUUAUACAAGGUAGUAUUAGAUAUACAAAUUUACUAAAAAUAAUUACGUCAGAUAACUCUCACG